GUCGGAGCCGGUGCCCGAGCGCAGCCGCACGGAGCCCGAGCAGCACGCGGGAGCGCGGCCCCGCAGCGGGCCGGCCGAGGGAUCAGCGCGGCAACCCGGCCCGGAGCGAGGGCCCCGGCCCCGAGAGCGACUCGGUCCCCGGCCGCGGACCUCGGCCACCGAAGCGCGGUCUCGCCCGCCUCUCCCGCCCCGGCCGCCGGGCCGCGGGCAUGGACGGCGCCCGCUCGCCCUAGAUGGACGGCGAUGGCGGCCGCCGGGACGGCCCCCGCGCGCUGACGGAGGCCGGGCGCGGCGCGGGGCCCGCGGGCAUGGCGGAGCCGGCGGCGGUGCCGCGGGCGCGGGCGGCGCGGCCCGGGCCCCAGCGCUUCCUGCGGCGCAGCGUGGUGGAGUCGGACCAGGAGGAGCCGCCGGGCCUGGAGGCGGCCGAGGCGCCCAGCGCGCAGCCCCCGCAGCCGCUGCAGCGCCGGGUACUGCUGCUCUGCAAGACGCGCCGCCUCAUAGCCGAGCGCGCCCGCGGCCGCCCCGCCGCCCCUGCAGCUCCCGCGGCCGCCGCGCCGCCCGGCGCCCCCGCCGACCCCGGCCCCGAGCCCGCGGGCGCGCAGGAGCCCGGCCCGGACCCCGCGCCCUCGUCUCCCGGAGGCCCCGGCGAGGAGGCGGCGGCGGCGGCGGCGGCGGCGGCUGCUGCGGCCGCGGGGCGGGAGGACGCGGCGGCGCCGGAGGCGAGGCCGGAACCUGGGCGCACACGCCGGGAAGAGCCCGAGGAAGAGGAGGACGAUGAGGACGACCUCAAGGCCGUGGCCACCUCCCUGGACGGCCGCUUCCUCAAGUUCGACAUCGAACUGGGCCGCGGCUCAUUCAAGACGGUCUACAAGGGCCUGGACACGGAGACCUGGGUGGAGGUGGCCUGGUGUGAGCUGCAGGACCGGAAGCUCACCAAGCUGGAGAGGCAGCGGUUCAAAGAGGAGGCUGAGAUGCUCAAGGGCCUGCAGCACCCCAACAUUGUGCGCUUCUAUGACUUCUGGGAGUCCAGCGCCAGGGGGAAGAGGUGCAUCGUGCUGGUGACCGAGCUGAUGACCUCGGGGACGCUGAAGACGUAUCUGAAGCGGUUCAAGGUGAUGAAGCCCAAGGUGCUCCGCAGCUGGUGCCGGCAGAUCCUGAAGGGGCUGCUGUUCCUGCACACCAGGACGCCCCCCAUUAUCCACCGGGACCUCAAGUGCGACAACAUCUUCAUCACGGGUCCCACCGGCUCUGUGAAGAUCGGCGACUUGGGCCUAGCCACGCUCAAGAGGGCGUCCUUUGCCAAGAGUGUGAUUGGCACCCCUGAGUUUAUGGCGCCCGAGAUGUACGAGGAGCAUUACGACGAGUCUGUGGACGUCUACGCCUUUGGGAUGUGCAUGCUGGAGAUGGCCACCUCGGAGUACCCCUACUCCGAGUGCCAGAACGCCGCCCAGAUCUACCGGAAGGUCACCUGUGGCAUCAAGCCUGCCAGCUUUGAGAAGGUGCACGAUCCCGAAAUCAAGGAGAUUAUUGGGGAGUGCAUCUGCAAAAACAAGGAGGAAAGGUACGAGAUCAAGGACUUGCUGAGCCACGCCUUCUUCGCGGAGGACACCGGCGUGAGGGUGGAGCUGGCGGAGGAGGACCACGGCAGGAAGCCUGCCAUCGCCCUGCGGCUCUGGGUCGAGGACCCCAAGAAACUAAAGGGCAAGCCCAAGGACAACGGAGCCAUAGAGUUCACCUUUGACCUGGAGAAGGAGACGCCUGAUGGUGUGGCGCAGGAGAUGAUCGAGUCAGGAUUCUUCCACGAGAGUGACGUGAAGAUUGUGGCCAAGUCCAUCCGUGACCGUGUAGCGUUGAUCCAGUGGCGGCGGGAGCGGAUCUGGCCGGCCUUGCAGCCUCCCGAACAGCGAGACCCUGGCAGCCCCGACAAGGCCAGGGGCCCGCCCGCACCCCUGCAGGUCCAGGUGACCUACCAUGCGCAGGCCGGGCCCCCGGAGUCCGAGGAACCCGAGGCGGACCAGCACCUCCUCCCCAGCGCGCUGCCGGCCAGCGCCACCUCCCUGGCCUCGGACAGCACCUUCGACAGCGGCCAGGGCUCCACGGUGUACUCGGACUCGCAGAGCAGCCAGCAGAGUGUGGUGCUGGGCUCGCUGGCGGACGCGGCACCGCCGCCCGUCCAGUGUGUGUGCAGCCCCCCCGUGAGCGUCAGCGUCAGCGACGGCCCCGUCCUGCCCUACAGCCUGCCCUCGCUGGGGACCUACCAGCAGCCUGCCGCGCCGGGCCUGCCAGUGGCCUCCGUCCCACCCCCAGCCCGCCCUCCGCUCCCUCAGCAGCAUUUCCCGGAGCCGGCCAUGAGCUUUGCCCCCGUGCCGACGGGCCCAGGCCAGCCUGUGCCCCCUGGCCACCAGCCUCCCCCGCUGGCCCAGCCGGCGCCCCUGCCACCUGUCCUGGCCCCACCAUCCGUGGGCCCUCUCCCGCCGGUGCCCCCCCAUCUGCCUCCCUACCUAGCUCCGACGUCCCAGGUGGUGGCCCCCACACAGCUGAAGCCCCUCCAGAUGCCAGCAGCGUCUCUGCAGCCGCUGUCUCAAGUGCCUGCUCAGGUGCCUCCGCUUCCUGUGGGGCCCCCCGUUGUGCCCCCCGUUGCGCCCCUGGCCUCCAUCGACAGCCUCCCCGCAGCUCUCCCCGACCUGCCGGCCGCCAGCGGGCCCACCGUGCCCGCCCCCUCACAGUAUUUCUCUCCCGCCGUCAUCUUGCCCAGCCUCCCGCUCGGCGCGGCCGCUGCCCCCCUACCCGCGUCGCCAGCCCUGCCUCUGCAGGCCGUCAAGCUGCCCCACCCCGCUGGGGCGCCAGUGGCGGUGCCGUGCCGGACCAUUGUGCCAAACGUGGCUGCCACCGCCACCGCUAUCCCUCUGCUGGCCGUGGCGCCGCAGGGUGUGGCCGCCCUGUCCAUUCACCCUGCCGCCGUGGCCCAGCUCCCGGCCCAGCCCGUGUACCCGGCGGCCUUCCCGCAGAUGGUGCCCAGCGACAUCCCACCAUCUCCCCUCCACGUGGCGCAGACCGUGCGGGCCGCCCCUCCGCAGCCGGCGCCCCCCACCCUGCCACAGCCCCACCAGCCUGGCCUCAUCCGCCCUCCUGAGCAGGCUGCUCCGGCCAGUGGGGCGGGAAGCCAGAUCCUACUUGGCCACCCGCCUGCAUACGCUGCUGAGGUCGCCGCCCAGGUCCCCAUGGCGCCUGCGCCGGCCGCCGUCCUCUCCCCACCUUUGCCGGAGGUGUUGCCGCCUGCUGUCCCUGAGGUGCCUCAGCUCCCCAGCUCUCUGGCCCCUGCAGUGGUGGUGGCACCUCAGAGCCUGCCCGUCCAGACCGCGCCACUCCUGCCACCUGCUACCCAGCCACCGCCGCCCUCCGGGCCCGGGAUUGCCAGCCCCUGCCCAGCUGUGCAGCUAACGGUGGAGCCAGCGCCAGAGGAGCAGGCCUCCCAGGACAAGCAGCCCGGCCCCCCACAGAGCUGUGAGAGCUACGGAGGUUCUGAUGUCACCUCUGGCAGAGAGAUGAGUGACAGCUGUGAGGGUGCGUUCGGCGGGGGGAGGCUGGAAGGCAAGGCCGCCCGGAAACAUCACCGCCGGUCGACGCGCGCGCGCUCCCGCCAGGAGAGAGCCAGCCGCCCCCGGCUGACCAUCCUGAACGUGUGCAACACGGGUGACAAGAUGGUGGAGUGCCAGCUGGAGACACACAACCACAAGAUGGUGACAUUCAAGUUUGACCUGGAUGGGGACGCACCUGAUGAGAUCGCCACCUACAUGGUGGAGCACAACUUCAUCCUGCAGGCUGAGCGGGAGACGUUCAUUGAACAGAUGAAAGACGUCAUGGACAAGGCAGAGGACAUGCUCAGUGAGGACACAGACAUUGACCGUGGCUCCGACCCGGGGAUGAGCCCACCGCAUCUCAGCACCUGCGGCCUGGGUACCGGGGAGGAGAGCCGCCAGUCCCAAGCAAACGCCCCUGUGUAUCAGCAGAACGUCCUGCACACAGGGAAGAGGUGGUUUAUCAUCUGCCCCGUGGCUGAGCACCCAGCGGCAGAGGCCCCGGAAUCCUCACCUCCCCUUCCUCCGAGCUCCGUGCAGCCAGAAGCCAGCCCAGAUCCAGCGCCCUGUAAAGACCAGCUGUCCUUAAAAGAAAAAUCCAGCUUCCCAGCCAGUCCACAGCCUCUGAGCCAAGCAGGCCCCAGGGAUACCCCUGGGAGUGCCCCAGCCCCUUUGGUGCCAUCCUCCCCUCCUGUGACUGCUCUGCCCCAGGACGCAGCUGCACCAGCUGCCAGCCCCAAGCCAGAGCCAGUAAUGGGGCCUGCCGUGCAGGCGGGGGGCCCAGGGACCUCUCAGGGGGUGGCCAGUGAGCGCGAGACCCCCCAGCCACUGGCAGAGACUCAAGACACCCAGCUUGCUGUACAGCCUCUGGGACCAGGCGGAGGGCCUUGUGCCCCACCUCUGGAGGCCCCCCGUUACCCCACAGCUUUGGGAGAGCCCACCUCAGCCAAGGAAGCCGCUGCCCAGGGUGAGCCCUUGCGGGCUCCGGCCCCAGCACCCAGCGCCCCCAGUGCCCCCAGUGGGACCCCUCAGCCUGCCCUGGGCCAGCCUCUACCCCCUCUUCCCCCUGUGGUGGGGGCCAUCAGCUUGGCCACCCCCCAGCUCCCUAGCCCCCCACUGGGGCCCACUGUGCCCCCCCAGCCGCCCUCGGCCUUGGAGUCCGAUGGGGAGGGGCCGCCCCCUAGGGUGGGCUUUGUGGACAGCACCAUCAAGAGCCUGGACGAGAAGCUUCGAACCCUGCUCUACCAGGAGCACAUGCCCAGCUCCUCAGCCUCGGCUGGGACCCCCGUGGAGCCAGGGGACCGAGACUUGACCCUGGAGCCCCAGCCUGUGCCAGGCAAGUCAGAACCGGCUCCUGAGCUGGCGGCUGCGCCAGAGCAGGCUGGGUCCUCGCCGAUGACAGCAGAAUCUUCUUUGAGCCAAGUGACAGCCUCAGGCUUGCCCACAGCACCAGGUGCCCCCCAGGAUGUCCCUGCUUCUGCCUUCUCUGCACAUCGGGAGCCCGCAGGCCGCAGCAGUGGGGUCCCCGGGGAAUCCUCAGCUCAGCCCACAACAAGCUGCCUGGGGACACUGACGGAACACAGCCAGGCCAGCCACCCCCAGAUGCAGGGCGCUUUGGCCUCAGAGUCCCCCCAGAAGCGUCUGGGACAGCAGGACGGCAGCUCACCAGCCAAAACCGUGGGCCGGUUCUCGGUGGUCAGCACGCAGGACGAGUGGACCCUGGGCUCCCCCCACAGCCUGCGGUACUCGGCACCCCCGGACGUGUACCUGGAGGAGGCCCCCCACAGCCCCGACGUGAAGCUGGCUGUGCGGCGGGCGCAGACAGCCUCAUCCAUCGAGGUCGGUGCGGGCGAGCCGGUGUCCAGCGACUCUGGGGACGAGUGUCCGCACAGGAGGCCCCCCAUGCAGAAGCACGCCUCUCUGCCCAGCAGUGGUGGUGGUGUGGCCAGCGACUUGGUGAAGAAGGCCACCGCCUUCCUGCACAGGUCCUCACGGGCUGGCUCCCCAGGUCCAGAGACGCCCAGCAGGGUGGGUGUGAAGGUCCCCACCAUCAGCGUGACCUCCUUCCACUCCCAGUCGUCCUACAUCAGCAGCGACAAUGACUCGGAGAUUGAGGAUGCGGACAUCAGGAAGGAGCUGCAGAGUCUUCGGGAGAAGCACCUGAAGGAGAUCUCGGAGUUGCAGAGCCAGCAGAAGCAGGAGAUCGAGGCCCUGUACCGCCGCCUGGGCAAGCCGCUGCCCUCCAACCUGGGCCUGUUCCACACGGCACCCCCGGCUGGCCGCAGGAGGAAGAGCAAGAGCAAGCUGAAGGCUGGGAAGCUGCUCAACCCGCUGGUGCAGCAGCUCAAGGUCGUGGCCUCCAGCACAGGUCACUUGUCAGACUGCAGCAGAGCCCCUCCUGCUAAGGACCCUGCCCAAGCCGGGGCAGGGCCCGCGGCAGCGUCAGACCCGUGUGGGAAGGCAGUUCAGACCCAGCAGCCUUGCUCCGUGCGGGCCUCCCUGUCUGCAGACAUCUGCUCCGGCUUAGCCACUGACGGCGGCGGAGCGCACGGCCCAGGCUGGACGGUUUACCACCCAACGUCUGAGAGACUGACCUAUAAGUCUAGUAGCAAACCUCGCGCUCGAUUCCUCAGUGGACCCGUGUCUGUGUCCAUCUGGUCAGCCCUGAAGCGUCUCUGUCUAGGCAAAGAGCACAGCAGUCGGUCCUCCACCAGCAGCCUGGUCCCGGGCCCCGAGCCGGGCCCCCAGCCGACCCUGCACGUCCAGGCACAGGCCAACAACAGCAACAACAAGAGAGGCACCUUCACGGACGACCUGCACAAGCUGGUGGACGAGUGGACGAGUAAGACGGUGGGGGCCGCCCCGAUGAAGCCCUCGCUCAACCAGCUGAAGCAGACCCAGAGGCUGCACGGCGUGGAGGUCACGGCGGGCUGGCCCCCGGCCGCCGGCGAGGCGCAGGCUAUGAACGCCCCUCGAGCAGCAGUGGGGACACCUUGUCUGGCCCCAGCGCCCAGCCCUCUAGCCACCGCGGCCAUUCCUGGAACCGCCCCAGCCCUGCCCAUGCCAGGUACUGCCCUUUCCGGCCUACCAGCCCCACCCUGUGCCCAGCCUCUGGGCCAGUACGGAAUCCUAUUCCCACCUCCAGUGUCCUGGGGGCCCUGGGCAGCCCAGGUCGGCAGCCCGAACCCCACCCCCAGGCUGGGCUUGGGGGCAGCAGGCGUGCCUGCACUGCCUGCGUACUUGCAGCCGCCUGUGGUCAGCGCACCGGGCCCUAGACUGCGAAUCACAUAGCGCUCUCUUACCACUUGUCAGCUGGCAUGCGCGGAACUGAACAGUCUGGAGGAGCCAGGUUGCGGCUUAGCCUCCGAGUCCUGCCCCGCCUGCCCAUGGGUGCCUGGCGAGGGGCCGGCGCGCGGGCGAUGCUUGCUUCCUUGACUGCUGCACACCUGCUCCCUCUUACGUUUCCGUGCUCUACACCUACAGCCUUUGCACCCACUUCCUGUACUUGAAUCCAUGGCUAGAA